GUGGGAUGCGCCGUGCUUGCGUGCGUGCGCCGCCGUUCGGAAUCCCUUCCCGGAACCGGCCGAGAGCGUGGCCGCGGCGCCCUGCGUGCUCCCCGCCUGUCCCGUCCCCGGGUCCCCGCUCUGCGCCCUCUGCGGGUGAGAGGGAAGGAGGGAGCCCCGGGCCAGCUCCCGGCUAGCGCAGCGAGGCCCCGCGAGUGGCUUCGGGGUGAGAUUGUCCAGGGACGCCCCCGGGCCCGACCCCAACAGCUCUGAGCCCCAGAAAGCACGCGGUCGGCAGGACCUGGCGGCCGCCGGCUCGGUGCUUGACGCCCAGCUGUCUGCGACUUUGCGCGCGUAAACUGUGCCUCUGCGCCGGUUUCCCGUCUGUAAAGUGGGCGCGCAACGAUACGCGCACGGCCGCAUCGAGCAUCAAAGAUCGGAGCCCGUCGGGGACAGAUAAGCCCGGUGUGACAGAGAAUGGGAUCUCUGGUGCUGCACCAGAGAAGCAAGUCGCCAAGCGUGGGAAACUAUCGUCAUGGAAGCCCUGAAAUCUGAGAACAAGAAGAGGGUCCUUCCCUCAUGGAUGACAGCCCCCGUGGGAGAGAAGAGGGAGUCGUUAGUGAAGACACCCAAAAGGAAGAAGACAGCAACCGUGCCAGUUAGGGUGGCAACAAGGGCCCCUGUCACGAGGACCGUGUACUGCUUGAACGAAGCUGAAAUGGUGGAUGUGGCACUGGGGAUCCUGAUCGAGGGCCGAAAACAGGAAGAGCCGACUCUGGCGGCCACUGAUAACCUGCAGUUCUCCCCACCCUACUCUGCGUCUCCUCACACCAGUUCCCCAGGGAGCAGCGGCGAGGAAGAGGGCGGUGGGAGCUCCUCGCCUGCUCUAGGCCUCAGCCCUUCCCGUGGGCCAGAAGCCACGGACUCUCCCUGCAGCAGAAGCCCCGAGGGGGAGGAGGAGGAUGCACUAAAGUACGUCAGGGAGAUAUUUUUCAGUUGACAUGAACUGCUCCCCGGACUUUCUGCUGAGCGCAGUGGGCACCGCCCGCCCCGGCCCCCUCGACAGCCAGGCCUUGCUCCCAGCUUCCGGUCCCAGGAUGCUUUCAUUUGUGUGUGGGGGGGAGGACGUUCCUGAAUCGCGGGGAGGGGUGUUGCAGGAUGCAGAACUGCAGUCGUUGGGGUCUCGUCCUGCGCGGCCCUCUAGCUCAGAGGGUCUAGCUGUGCUUUAUGCAAGCACCAGCGCCCGUGAGGUCGUGGGCCCGCCCCCUUGCUGGCAGCUGCUGAGAACCCCGGACUCCAGAUGGGCAGCCAGAUGGCGCACUGAGGAGGAGGCCGAGGAACCGUGUCCACCAUGACCCCGUCCAGCAGGCGGCUUCCACCCCUCCAACCGAAGAGGCCGGGAGCCCCCCACCGCUCCCUGCCAGCCUAGCAGCAGGGGGGCCGCGCAGUCUGGCCAGCCGCGCAGGUUCUCCCCACCACCUGUCGCCUCCCUGCCACCCGGGGCCUCCACCUUGGUCCCUGUACAGCUCAGAGAGAGAGAGAGACAGGGACAGGAGACAGCGAGGAUAAAAGAUCACGCCAGA